AUGGAGGACAGUAAAGAACUUCCAUAUGGAGGACGUUUGAACGGAGCUGCUCAACACGGCGGACGGUCCGCCCCGGGUUCUGCAGACGGACGGACGGACGGACGGACGGACGGACAGGGUCUUUGCGGUAGGACUCGGAGAGACAGCAUUUUAUUGCCAUGCUGGACCUGGCUGUGUCUCUCGGGCUGUGAGCCGGAUGGAGCCGCGGGGCAGCAGGGGCGGCGGACGGGACGGAGACGCGGACGCGGAGCGGGGCCGACUGCGGGAGAGGCUCGAGGCGGCGCUGGCUCGGCUGGCGGACCUGGAGCGGCUGAGACGCGGACAGGAAGCGCUGGUCCGGAACGCGCUGACGGGCCGGGAGGAGGCGCCGGCGCCGAGAGAGAGACGGGGGGAGAGGGAGGAAACGGAGGACAGACUCGUGGAGGAGGAGGAGAGACUUGUGGAGGAGAACAUUCUGCUGCUGAGACAACAGCUGAACUGCCUGAGGAGGAGAGAUGUGGCUGGUUGAUCAGUCAGUUACAGGAGUUGGACCGACAGAUCAGUGACCUGCGACUGGACACAGAGUGGUCACUGGACCGCGUGGAGACGGACAGCCGGCCGAGCUCAGGUUUUUAUGAGCUGAGUGAUGGGUGUCCUGCUCUCUUUCUAACUCGUCCAACUCCGUGUUCAGCGAGUGUUUGUCCAGCUGUCGCUCCAGCAUCUGUUUCUGCACCGCCCUCGACUCCUCCCUCUGUCCCGCCUUCAACUCUACCCCCCCGCCCCGCCCUGAGUCUCCCCUCUACCAGGCCGGCGCUCGGCAGCAGUCCACAGAGCUCCUCCUGGCCAGCUUCCUCCUCUUCUUCAUCCUCUUCCUCCUCCUCUUCCUGUCAGACUCCUCAGAAGCGUCUGGACGGUUACAUCUACACUCUGCUGCAGAGGAGAGCUGGGCCCAUCCGAACCUGCAGACCCAGAACCACCAUCAGCACCGACCCCUCCAAGAGCAUCUUGAGACCGGCUGGUCUGUCAGGGAGACAGCCCCCUCUUCCUCCUCCUCCUGCUCACCCAGCUCAGGGAACGCUGAGGAGGUCAGAG